AUGCAUUCUCUAUUCCUCAUCCUUCUCUUACUGUCGCAAGUGAUAUCUGGUCAAGUCCAGAGCCCCUUCUCUGGCCUGGAGAAUCAGCAACGAGCGCCCAAGUCAGCAUAUCCAGAGCCAAUCAAGAUCAUCGACGGGCCGGUGCACGUCAGGGAUCCUACUUUGGUAUACGAUGCCAAAGGUCAACAGUACAUUGUCAUGUCUACGGGCAAUGAGCUUCUCUACCUGUCUUCCCCAAAUCUGACAGGCCCUUAUGUCCAAGCAGGCAGUGUCCUAGGUAACGCGAGCCUCAUCAGUAGUUCUUACAAUCCCUGGGCUCCCGACGUCACCCUCAUCGAUGGCAAGUUUUACGUCUACUAUUGCGUCUCCCGCUUCGGCACACAGGACUCAACCAUCGGUCUCGCCAUCUCCUCGUCAGGUGAAGAGAGCUCCUUCCACGAUCUGGGUGGGCUGUUCAGCACAGAGCAUGGCAAUAUCUCCAACGCCCUAGAUCCACACCUGGUCCCGGGCGGGGAAUAUUUGUCGUACGGUAGCUACUUCGGCGGGAUCUACCUUGCUAAGCUCAACAGUCUCACUUCCAUCGACCAAAGCUCUCUACCUGGGAUAAAGAUCGCCGACGGCUUUCCGUUUCCUAAUGCCAUCGAAGGUAGCUUCAUCUUCCACCGAAAACCCUGGUACUACCUCUUCCUCUCCGAAGGGCAAUGCUGUGGUUUCAAUCAGCACGAGCUACCAGAAGACAACACGACGGAAUAG